AUUGGACGUCUUACAGAUAUCAUCUAUCUUCAAUUCAAGCGACCAGCUUCCUUCAAUUUCCGUUCUGGGCAAUGGGUGCGUAUUUCCUCGCCCACGUUCUCCAGUACCUUCAAUGAAUGGCAUGCUUUCUCACUCGCUUCCGCACCUCAAUCUCCAACUGUAGAGCUGUACAUCAAGGCUGUGGGCCCGUGGACAUGGAAACUGAGAUCUGAAAUUCUCCGCACUCAAGCUGGUGCCUCAUCAUAUCCACUUCUUCACAUGAGAGGUCCUUAUGGGGACGGAAAUCAGGUACGAACGAUGCUCAUCUGGGCGUAG